AUGCCAAUUCGUCUGCCGUCUACUGCUCUACGGGCUGCCAGCCAGGUCGCUCGUGGCUCUCGCCCUGCCAGUGCCAUCGGAGGCAUCACCUUUGUUCGUGGCAAGGCUACACUUCCUGAUCUUUCCUACGACUAUGGCGCCCUUGAGCCCUACAUCAGCGGCAAGAUCAUGGAGCUACACCACAAGAACCACCACCAGACGUACGUCAACGGUCUGAAUAGCGCCCUCGAGACCAUCGAAAAUGCCAAGUCCAGCGGCAACGACGCUGCUGCCGCCGCUGCCGCACCUCUCCUCAACUUCCACGGUGGUGGCCAUGUCAACCACUCUCUCUUCUGGGAGAAUCUUGCGCCCGCCAACAAGGACGGUGGCGGUGAGCCCGAAGGUGCUCUGAGGAAGGAGAUUGACGAAGACUUCGGCAACUUCGAGACUCUGAAGAAGCAGAUCAACACAUCAUUGGCAGGCAUUCAGGGUAGUGGCUGGGCUUGGCUGGUCAAGGACAAGAGCGCAGGCACUCUCCAAGUCAUCACCCGGGCCAACCAGGACCCCGUCACCGGUAACUACGUUCCUCUGCUCGGUAUCGAUGCCUGGGAGCACGCCUAUUACCUCCAAUACCAGAACCGCAAGGCCGAGUAUUUCGAUGCUAUCUGGAACGUCAUCAACUGGAAGACUGUCGCCAACAGACUGGAGAAGGCGUGA